AUGUCUUUCUAUAUAUCUGAUUUCAAACACAGCCCUUUCUGUAUCUGUCUAUCUUUCUAUAUAUCUAUCAUAUGUCUUUCUAUAUAUCUGAUAUCAUUUAUCUAUCUAUUCUUAUCUAUCUAUCUAUCUAUCUUUCUAUCUAUCUAUAUCUUAUCUAAUCAGUCUCUGUUUAAUAUCUACCAAACACAGCCCUUUUUAUAUCAUAUCUGUCUAUCUUUCUAUCUAUCUAUCUGUCUAUCUAUCUAUCUAUCUAUCUGCCUAACUAACACAUAUCUGUCUAUCUUUCUAUCUAUCUAUCUGUCUAUCUAUCUAUCUAUCUAUAUGCCUAUAUGUCUUUCUAUAUAUCUGAUUUCAUUUGUAUCUGUCUAUCUUUUUCUAUCUAUCUGUCUAUCUAUCUAUCUAUCUAUCUGCCUAGCUAACACAGUCCUUUUAAUAUCUACCAAACACAGCCCUUUUUAUAUCAUAUCUGUCUAUCUUUCUAUCUAUUCUUAUCUAUCUAUCUAUCUAUCUAUAUGCCUGUCUAUUCUAUCUAUCUAUCUAUAUGUCUUUCUAUAUAUCUAUUUCACAGUCCUUUCUAUCUAUCUAUCUAUCUAUCUAUCUAUCUAUCUGUCUAUCUUUUUAUAUCAUAUCUUUCUAUCUUUUAUCUAUCUAUCUUAUCUAUCUAUCUAUCUCUAUCUAUCUAUCCUAGCUAACACAUAUCUGUCUAUCUUUCUAUCUCUAUCUAUCUAUCUAUCUAUCUAUCUAUCUAUAUGCCUAGCUAACACAUAUCUGUCUAUCUUUCUAUCUAUCUAUCUGUCUAUCUAUCUAUCUAUCUAUCUAUAUCUAUCUUCAUAUGUUUUCUAUAUAUUUCAUUUGAUUAUCAUUCAUCUUUCUAUCUAUCUAUCUGUCUAUCUAUCUAUCUAUCUAUCUAUCUAUCUAUCUACCAAACACAGCCCUUUUUAUAUCAUCUGUCUAUCUAUCUAUCUAUCUAUAUCUAACACAGUCCUUUUAAUAUCAGUAUGUCUUUCUUUUAUAUAUCUGAUUUCAUUUGAUUUCAUUUGUCUAUCUUUCAUCUAUCUAUCUAUCUAUCUAUCUAUAUUCUAUCUAUCUUAUCUAUCUAUAUGCCUAGCUAACACAUAUCUGUCUAUCUUUCUAUCUAUCUAUCUGUCUAUCUAUCUAUCUAUCUAUCUAUAUGCCUAG